GAAAACCACCACGUAUAAAGUAGACUCAGACUCUUCAUCAUGUGGCGUUUGCUCCUUAGCUGUGUGCCAAUCCUGCGCUCUUCGUCGUCUCCCCACACGUCUAUCACUCGCUUAUAUUUACAUCCAGUGCUCAUCGGGACCCCUCCUGUUUUUACUCUGCAGAGAAAGUGGACAAGGAGACCACCGUCCAAACUCAGUCCCACCAUCACCAUGUCAAGUGCCAUGUCUGCCAGCUCUGACCUCAGUAAGACCGUGCGGGACAAAUACAUGCGCCUACCACAGGGGGACAAGGUGCAGGUCACCUACAUUUGGAUCGAUAGCACUGGAGAAGGCCUGCACUGCAAGACAAGGACCCUGGAGUCAGAGCCCAAGGGCAUUGAAGAUGUUCCAGAGUGGAACUUCUAUGGCUACAGUGUCUACUGGCCAGAUGGCUCCAACAAAGACAUGUACCUGAUGCCCGUGUGCCUGUUCAGGGACCCCUUCACGCUGGACCACAACAAGCUGGUGCUGUGCGAGGUGCUCAGGCACAACCGCGAGCCAACAGGGACCAACCUGCGCAGCAGUUGCCAUCAGGUGAUGGAGCAGGCCGGGCAUAGCCACCCUUGGUUUGGCAUGGAGCAGGAGUACUCGCUGCUGGGCAUCGACAAGCACCCCUUUGGUUGGCCCAAGAAUGGCUACCCUGGACCCCAAGGUCUCCAUUGGUGUGGUGUUGGAACCAACAAAGUCUACGGCCGAGACAUCGCUGAGUGCCACUACAAGGCCUGUCUGUAUGCUGGGGUGAAGAUCACUGGUGCCAAUGCAGAGGCUGUGCCCUCUCAGUGGGAGUUCCAGGUGGGGCCCUGCGAGGGCAUUGCCAUGGGCGAUCACCUGUGGAUGGCGCGCUUCCUGCUGCACCGUGUCUGUGAAGACUUUGGGGUGGUGGCCACACUUGACCCCAAGCCGAUUGCAGGUAACUGGCACGGGGCAGGGUGUCACACCAACUUCAGCACGGAUGCCAUGCGUAACAAGGGGGGACUUCAGCAUAUCGAGGAGGCCAUCGAGAAGCUGAGCAAGCGACACUCGUAUCACAUCCGCAUGUACGACCCUAAAGGGGGCGCUGACAACUCCCGCCGCCUGACUGGCACCCACGAGACCUCCAGCAUCCACGAGUUCUCUGCUGGCAUCGACAACCGUAACGCCAGCAUCCGCAUCCCCCAGCAUGUUGGAAAAGAUGGCUGUGGCUACUUUGAGGACCGCCGUCCCGCUGCCAACUGUGACCCAUACGCCGUGAUGGAGGCUAUCACCCGCACGUGUGUGCUGAAUGAGGCGGUGCCUGUGCCCGUGGGCGAGGUGCCCUAAGGAUGACUUCAAUCUUCACUGCCAUCUUCUUCCUGCACUCAUUUGACUUGACAACUGGCCACUGCUGGUCACUUUGCUCUGAUGGCACUCAAUAAAUAAAUUUGGGUUC